AUGGUGCAGCGGAUUUCAGGGUCUUUCGAGCGCAUCCUUUUGGGCCUUGUCAACAGGCCAAUUGCAACCCGCAUUCCCCUAAUUAAUCGCGAACCGUUUCGUCGACGAUAUGCUGCAGCCAGCCUCACGCAUUCUGGUGCCGCAAACGCACCCGUUCAAUUCUCGCCUGCGACAAAGCCUCCAAGCGCACGACCAGCAGAGACGCGAAAAAGUCAAUUGAUUCGAAAUUACACAUCUCUACUGCGCACAACACCAUUGGUCCUCUUUUUUCAACACAGCAAUCUGACAGCAGUCGAAUGGGCUGCCGUGCGGCGGGAGCUCAAAAAGGCUGUAUCAGCGGUUUCGUCUACAAUCGCGGGAACAGAUGGGCAGCCAAUUGAUAUCAGCAACAGCGUGCAGCUGCAAGUGCUGCGUACAAAUAUGUUCGACGUUGCUCUCAAAAUUGUCGAGUUCUACAACCCAGAGGCGGCUGCGGCUCUGGGCCCUACGGCGCGCACUUGGAAGGGACCGAUUACCCACGAUCUGUCAGAAGCGGCAUACCAAGCCAUUCACAACGCGGAGGUAACUCCUGAGUCGGCCUACAGCCAAAUAGAGCCCCUCAUGGUUGGUCCCUUGGCCGCGCUCGUCAUGCCCGCGGUGUCGCCCAUCCAUCUCGCUGCUGCGCUCAGCAUCCUAUCCCCUGCCCCAAGCAGGUUCCCAGCGCCAACGAGAAAGAAGAGCCCUGGCUACCAUGACCCUGUUUGUCAGAACGGCCUUGCAAAACUGACCCUGGUCGGCGGCCGCAUCGAGGGUAAGGUCUUUGAUCAGGCUGGCGUCAACUGGAUUGGCGGCAUUUCUGGUGGCCUGGACGGAUUACGCGCUCAGCUGGUUCAUGUUUUGCAGAGCGCUGGUCUUGGAAUCACUGCCACUCUGGAGGGUGGAAGCAAAAACUUGUGGCUGGCUUUGGAGGGCAGAAAAGAGCAGCUCAAGGCGGGAUAG